AUGACAGUAAAAAAAAUAGCUAUUCUUUAUACAGAUGAAGAUAACGAAUGGAGUAAACCAUGGGGCAAUUUUGUUGAUAUGGCUAUCAAGCUAUUAGAACAGACCAGGAAAUUGGAAUGUAUCGCAGAAGAUGUCGAAUAUGAAGUGUUCCACGUACAAAAAAACGUGUUCCCUCAAUUGUCAGAUCUUCAGAAAGAUGAGUAUUUAGGCAUAUACAUCACUGGUUCAAAAUAUGAUUCAUUUGAUAAUGAAAUUGAAUGGAUUAUGAAAUUAAGAAGUUUCUUAAAUGAGAUGCUAACUAGCAAGACUGAAUAUCCGCCCGUAGCUGGAAUAUGUUUUGGUCAUCAAGUUAUCGCGGCUGCUCUAGGAAGUUCAGUUGGACGGAAUCCGAAAGGGUUUGAAGGUGGGGUUGUGUCACUAAAACUGAACUCUGUGGGUCAAAAGUUAUUUGGUGCUCAAGAAUUAAAUCUUUCUGAAGUGCACAGUGACUGCGUGUUCGAUGUCCCAGAGGGAUACCAAAAUUGGGCGUCAAGUGAAAAAUGUCAAAACCAAGGAUUUUACAGGCAAAACAGAGUGCUGACGUUUCAAGGACACCCUGAAUUCAAUAGUGAUGUCGCUCAGAAGGGGCUUUUGAAGUCUCAAGACAAGCUUACCCUUGAAGAGUUUAAUAGAUACGAAAGACAGUGCCAGGAGCUGGAUAACAAUGGCAUACAAGCUGCCAGGAAUAUUUGGAGGUUAUUCUUGCAAAAAAUAUGA